UCUUGCCUCUCUAACUGUAUCUUCUACUUCUUCUUCUUCUUCUUUGAGUGUGGUCAACAACCUAUCCGGAUCUGCAGCAGGUUCCACCCCGUUGUUGCUGCUGCUGCAGUGGCAAGUGGCAGUGCAGGGCAAGUGCAGGGCAUUUUGGAACUGUUGCAGCCCCGAAUUCGGAUCCAACAACCGCUGGUCCUAACUGCAGCUUUCCUUACAUGGAUAGAAAGGCGACACAUAUUCCAUCUAAAUACGACGGAAAAGACGAUAUUGAAUCAUGGAUCAACUUUAUGCGAUCCUACUUUGAUGUGCUGGGAACCCUCCCGGUUACUCAGUCAUUGGUCCUAGGGACUAAUGUGGAACCCGCCGUAAGAGGCUUCUUAGAAGUCCAAGCUAUACAGUCAGACUAUAAAAGAAUAGACCUCAACAAAUGGUUGAAGACUACGCCUGUAGCCACACCCGAAGUGCUCUUGAUCAAGCAAUAUGUUGAUCCGCAUGUUGCAGCCAAAGCUAGACUCAAGCUCGACAAGUUCAAGCCAAGCAAGUGGACCGGCUCCAUGCAUAGUCUGCAGCGUUACGUUAGUAAAUUCUCUGCCACUCCUGAUUUGGAGAUGACUGCGCAGUCCUACUUGGAUAUGAUUAAAGGCGCGGUUCCCUCUACUGUAACACAUCGCCUGGGGCGCGGACUCAUAAAGUAUACAGAUUGGCUUUCCCUCAUGCGGGAUUUGGUCAAGUUGGAGGCAAAAGACCUCCCGGGUGGAUCGGGUGGCAAAAAGACCACCAGCCGCAAAUGGUUUCCAGGCAGCAACCGUUUUGCAUCGUACGAUCUACUUGAGGUUGACGAGGAGACCUUCACAGAGGACCCUUCUCUUGGUGACGAUCAAGAGCAAGACUGCGAGGCAUCUUGCUCUUCGUCGGCCCAUGAGUCUGAUUAUGUGGAUGAUGAUGAAUCAAUGAAUGCCUUCAAGAAGACUGCCUUCAAAAGUGGUCAGUCAGCAGUGGGUACACAGGCUCCCGCUUCUUCAUCUUCUCAUCCAGCUGCUGCAGCUGCAGGGCAGCAGUCGGUCCAGCCGCUUGUCCAGCAACAGGUACCAGCUGGACCGCAGCAACAGUGGGUCCCAAAGACCGCGUUGUCACCUCCUGAGCGCUUCACAGGGGGCAAGAAGGAGGAGGACCUCAACACUUGGUUGAGGACUGUUCCAAUGUGGGUAAGGGCUAAGCAGACGCAGCUCGAGCAGGAAGUGAUUGUGGCUGCCUCAUACCUUAAGGGUUCUGCAGCAAGAUGGCUAGAUGGUUCAGUUGCACACAACGACUUUGGUAGGAAGUUUGAUGACUGGGCUCAAACCCAUACAUUAGACUCGUUUCUGGAGUUGGUAGAACAGCGGUGGCACAACCCUCAGCACGCUCAGCAAGCCACUGACGCGUUGGCCAGAUUGGACUCAAAGAAGUACAAGACUGCCCUCGAACUUACCAACGCCGUAGAGAAAAUCGUCGUUUUCCCAGGGGUGCGCUAUGACCUCGAGAUCCUCCUGCCCAUGUAUUUAAGAUGUCUUCCUACAGACAUCAAGGAUAUGCUGGUUAGCGAGGCAAGCAUCGACGUGCACAACUUAUCUUCCUUUAGCAAGAAAGCCUUAGACUUAGAGGCAAAGCUAGGGAGUGCGCAGCAAGUGCCUAUGGAUGGGAGAAAGAAGACAUUCCCACAAGAUUGGAAGAAGAAGGGUAGUCGUCUCAUGAUGAUAGAUUCAGAGGCGAAUCUGGACGAGAUUGACGACAUUUCCGCACUUGUUGGAGACACAAACAUAGGCGGCGAGGAGAUUGUAGAGGGAGGAACUCUCGCCAGAGCAAUAGCAAAGGGUAAGGCAGUUGACAAGCAUAAGGGCGGCCAGCAAAAGAGUCAGGGCAAGGACCAGGUUUCUCCCAAUGUGCCAACAUGGGUGAAAGUUGAACUUGAACAGGGCGUGUGGAGGGACCGGUACACUCAAGGCGCUUGUAUAAAUUGCGGCCAAUACGGGCACACGCAGUACAAGUGCAAGAAUAGUAAGGUCCUAGAGGGGAGCGUAGUGGAAGUCAACGUAGGUGGCCGAAAGUGUGGUGCCUUCGCAGACAUCGACUACACGGGAAACUUCAUUAGUUGCGACGGUGUUGAGAGGUUGUGGCUUGGGGCCCGGGUGCAACGGCUGAGUAGAGUUGUAGCUUCUACCUCAUCCAACAAGGAGCGCACGGUACUACAAGAUUACGUCAAGAACCUCGCUUGCACCUUCUCCUAUGGAGGAGAGGAAUUUAAUCACAAGAUUUCGUUCCUGGUGAGCGAUGACUUACAAUUUGAGAUGUUGUUGGGUAUGUACUACCUUGAGGUUGCAAAGCCCCAGUUUGAGACCGAAAGAUGCUUAAGCAUGUGUUGCCAGAUGGAAGGACCAUUAGACUAGCAAAAUACGGGGCUAGCAAGUUAGUGGAUUCGUAUGGUUGCAUGUGUGCGUAUGUGUUUUAUAAUUACUAUAAACAAAACCAAGAG